GAAAAUCGCGUUUAUGCGAGUAACUCGUAUUAUUUCUCUAUAUUUACUGCACUUUUUGUGCACCAGUGCAGGAAGUUUAUCUGUAAAAAAACCUAUGUACAUACAUAUAUAUCUUUGCGCACCCGGCAUAACCUGCAUUGUUCAUUGCCGUCCACUGCGCUGAAAUCUGCGCGAUUUUAAAGGAGGUUAAUGAUAAAUAUUGCCUCUCCUUUCACCUUGUUUUUGUCAUUACGCUUAAUAAUAAUAAGGUAAUUCAGUGCUGUGGAAAAUACGAAUUUAGCAUGUUUUGCGUCCGACAAGCAUUGCGUUUCGGUACACGUUUGGCAUGUGCUCAAUACUCUUCCAUGUUGUACUAUCGUUGUACUCCGAUUAUACAUAAACUUAGUGGCACAUCAUUCCGUCAAAAUCGUCUCAUUCAUGAAGAUGCCAGUGAUCGCAAGGAGCUAGGUAAACUGGAGGGAAAGAUGAAACUGAUGUUUACAUGUAAACAAUGCAAAACGAGAAAUAGUAAAAUAAUAUCAAAGUUGGCGUAUGAAAAAGGAGUGAUAAUAGUGAGAUGCGACGGUUGCAAGAACAAUCAUCUUAUCGCCGAUAAUCUAGGAUGGUUUGCAGACCUGCCCGGAAGAAUAAAUAUUGAGAAAAUUAUGGCGUUGAAGGGAGAAACCGUGAGGAGGAUAAUGAACGAUAAAGAUGGUUACUAUGAAAUUAUUGCGAAAGAGGGAUUUAAUGCGCCUUCUGAGGAUUCGAAUGCAGAAGCAAAGAUAGGAGACUCCAAUAAUAACAUGUGCUCUGUUAAAAUUGACAAAUCAAAAACAUCAAGGGAAGACUGACAUUUCACUUGAGAUUUCCGAUCAAGAGCAUUAAAAGGAGGAAUAUCGAGCAAUCUGAUACAAUUAUUUGCGUUUAUAUUAGAGCACCAUGGCAAUGAUCGAGAUAUUGUAAGAAAAUAUUGUAAUAAAAUAGAGUGAAAACUUCUGUCUGCGGGUAUAUAAAUGUUAUUAUACAAAGAUUUACAAACAGAGGAAGUACACAAGAGAUCACACAUGUAAGCGAAGACUUUACUUGUGCAAGCUCUUUUACAAACUCGUCUAUUGUAAAAUCUGCUGAAAAAUAUAUCUUGGCAAUAUCAGUG